AUGGUGUUCGAAGCUCUGGAGCGAUUAGGUAGCCGAGCGGAUAGAGUUCUUUUCUAUCCCGAAGACUGGGAUCUGUUCGUUGCAGAUGAUCAUGACAGGGACAGCCAGUUGCUAGAGCUCGCCAAGGAGAAGUACAAGGCUUUGCUGGUACCUAUUAGUGCGGAAAUAAUCAAGGCUGGAGGAGGCUCUGGCGAAUCUUGGGAUAAGAGUAUUGCGAAAUUGCUCGCAUUCGGCGAGACAGAAUACGAUCGCGUCAUACAUAUCGAUUCCGACGUUACCGUUCUCCAGAGUAUGGAUGAGCUCUUCUUCCUCCCACCAGCCAAAGCCGCUAUGUCUCGGGCUUACUGGGCGCUCCCGGAUACAAAGCAACUAUCGUCCCUGCUGAUCGUGAUUGAACCCUCUUAUCGCGAAUUCAAAGCCCUCAUGGAGAGUGCUCAGCCAGCUCUCCACGGUCAAGUGGAAGUUGACUCGAAUGAGACACAGAGAUAUGAUAUGGAGCUGUUGAAUAAUCGCUAUGCAGAUUCGGCCUUGGUUCUUCCGCAUCGGCAGUACGGCCUAGUUACCGGCGAGUUCCGGAAAAAAGAUCACCGCAAUUUCUUUGGAAAUGACUAUGAGACUUGGGAUCCUGACAAGGUCCUGGCAGAAGCCAAACUUGUGCACUUCUCUGACUGGCCUUUACCAAAACCCUGGGUGCUUUCAAACCAGAAGCUGCUUGCUGAGGUUCUACCCAAGUGUGACUAUAAACCCGGCACAGUGCAAGAGAGGGGUUGUCGUGAUCGGGAGGUAUGGAAGUCUCUCUACGAAGACUUCCGUCGAAGACGAAAGGUUUGCACAAAGAUUCGCAUGAUUCAUACGGAAUUUGUCUAA